AUGAGAGUCCCCCCACCCCCCCUGCUCCUCGCUGAGGAGCUGCAGGCGCCGGGCUGUAAACAGCUCCAGAGCGCCGGGGUGAAGGUGCUGCUGUGGGUGGUGGUCUCUCUGCUGCCCCUAGUGGGAGGAGCCGGUACGGGGCCUGACCGAGCGGACCCCGGAGAGGGGCCAGACCCGGGCCGGGCCCUGGGCCUGUGGGGGAGCCAGGAGGAGAGGGAGCUUCCUGUCCCGCUGCCAGCGGUGCUGGAGGAAGAACCGGAAGACCACAGUGACCCCUACCCCACCUGGCACGCGCUCCACGAUCCGUACGUGGCAGACGAGGCCGACGACCACCCCAGCCGCCGGUGGGCGGGCCGCUUCCCGCGCUCCUCCGAGACCUCGGAGCCCCCGCCCCACGGGGCGCCCAAGAAGAAGAAGAGACGGAAGAAGGAGAACGAGGGCGAGAGGGAGAAGGGGCGCGGCGAGAGGGGCCGGGGGCGGGGCAAACCCAGCCGCACGCCCAAGCAGAGCAGCCGGGACUGCCGCGUGGAGAAGCGGGAGAUGAAGGUGCGCGACCUGGGCCUGGGCUUCGACUCGGACGAGAUCGUCCUCUUCAAGUUCUGCGUGGGCUCCUGCCAGUCGUCCCGCACCAACUACGACCUGGCGCUGAAGGCGCUGCUGCAGAACGGCUCGCUGCCCCGCCACACCGCGCGCAAGGUCAGUGGCCAGCCCUGCUGCCGCCCCGACCGCUACGAGCCCGUCUCCUUCAUGGAUGCGCAGACCACCUGGAGGACCAUCACCUCCCUGUCGGCCGCCAGCUGCAUGUGCAUGGGCUGAGCGAGGCCGGGAGGACGCGUUCCCACCGAGGGAACGUAGAGGACACUACAGCAACAACGACAACAGCAACCACAGUGGAGCCUACUGUCGGCCAUUACUCAUCACAUGAAUGGAGCUACAGCGAGCGGGGGAAGCGCCACGACCGCGCUGCAGGCUCCAGGCGGGCCCCCGGGGCCCUUCGGCCGUAGGGAGACAGAGGGGCCCCGUCCAGCAGCACCGCAGUGCACAGAGCAGGGCCCCCCCCUUAUAA